AUGGAUUCCACAAAUAUUAUAAUUCCAUUUGAUUAUCCAUUUGCUAUUUUGGAACAUCGUCAUAAUUCUGAUCCAAAUAAUAAACUUGUUUAUGCUGUUGCGGAUGGUCAAUAUACAUAUGGUCCACUUUCAUUAUAUCAAUAUCAUAAUGAUGAAAAAUAUUCGAAAACAAUUCGAAGCGAUGAAUUACCACCAUCAUUACCAUGCAAAGAAUAUUAUAUAGUUGAAUCAGGUUUCUCAACUGAUGACGCCAUUGAAAUAGUUGAUGAAAAUCGUGGACUUAUUUAUGUCAAAGAAAUUAUAUUCACUGAUGAUGAGAAUGAUGAAUCUAUUGUAACGAUUGAUCAAGAGCCUGAACAAGUUCACAUGAAAGAACUUUUUAAAGAAAUGGCUGAAUGUAAAAAUGAAAUUCGAAGUCUUAAAUCAAUUGUUUUAUCCGAAAAUCGUUUUAUUAAACGUCGAUCAACGUCAACAGAUUCACCUGGUUUUCGAAAUAUAGAAAAUAAUUCUAAAUGGAUUCGUGGUGGUGCUGGUAAUCGUUCAGCUAAUACUGGACAUAUGUCCGAUGAUGGUGGUAUAUCAACACCUUUACGUUAUAAGAAAACAACAACUGGUAUUCGUAAACCACAACAAGUACAAUCAUCAAUUGUUCAACGUAGUGUAUCAACAACAUUAUCAAAUAAAAAUGUUUUAACACCAUUAAGAAAUAAAACAACAAUGUCAUCAGUAACAGCAAAAUAUACAACACCAAUGAGUACAACAAUAUCAACGAACAAAAGAGUUGUUUUAAAAAAUGUUAAAUCAUCUGGUUAUGGACAAUUUACAACAAUUAAUAAUACAACAACAACUAUUAAAAAACAACAACAACAAUUACCUGCAGUUGCUACACCUGGAAGAUCGUUUAGAAAAUAA